GUCGGCGGCAGCAUCCACUAAGAUUGGUUCAGGUAUCCGCAGUACCAUCAACAGUCGUAGCUCACUCUUCCAGGAGCACAUAAUGCAGAAGUGCACUUAACAUCAGACCUCAACUGAAACAUUUUCAAAGGAUUUUGCAGACUAAUUUUAUGGAAACCGAUGCUGUGGUAAUGCUGCCUCCCAAGAACUGCAUGCCCAGAAACUACAGUUGUAUGGCUGCGCUGUUCGGAAGCUUGGCACCAUCGGAGCAAACGCUGGAGGACGAAGAAGAAGACAUGGAGGGGGAGGAGGAUAUGAAUGGAGACUGUGAACUAUUAGAGAUCAGCGUAGUGAAUAAAAAGCCGAGAGGAAGAGAGUCAUUAUGGAAGCCCCCCCAAAGUCCGACGCUACGCCGCAGGUGCAAGUCUCUCCCCACACCGGCUGAAAGAGCCAAAUUAGAGAUCGCACGAAUACGGAGCCCAAGCUGUCAAAAAAAGGUACGAUUCGCUGACGCUCUGGGACUGGACCUGAUUUCUGUCAAACACUUCGAUGAUAGGGAUAUGCCUGAGGUUCCAGAACGCAUUAUUGACAAAUUUAAAAAAGCCAGAGCUCUCCACUUGAAUAACUUCGACAAGUCCAACACAUCAAACCAGUCCGUGUUUAUGGAGCUGCUCUUCACCAAUCCAGGAUCCCUGCCGGACUUCCUGGAAAGAGUUAUUGCAGUGAAGGUUUUACUGGAGUCUGUUCAGGCUGAUGAGUUCAGCAUCUCGGGGAUCGUGCGAGUCCUCAAUUUGGCAUUCGAGAAAAAUGUUUAUUUGAGGUACACCUUAAAUAACUGGACUACAUUUGUGGAUAUUCUGGCGUAUUACGUUCCCCGUUCUAGUGACGGACGGACGGACAAGUUUAGCUUCAAAAUCAUUACCCCGACCUUUCUGGAGUUUGGGGGAACACUGCAGUUUGCCAUCAGGUACUGUGUCGGAGGAUGUGAAUUUUGGGACAACAACAAUGGAAGUAAUUACAGAUUAAGACGCCACAGGUUUAAAAUUUCGCCUCCGAGGGAAUGGGAAAACGGUUGGAUUCAUUUCAUUUAACGUGAAUUCAGCGAUUCAGCCGUUCCGCCAUGACGAUGCUUGGCUCGGAAAUAUUAAUUAUGUGGCGCCUUCCAUUGGCGAAUUGGCUAAGUAAUAAUCAUGAGCCAAGCCUUCGCCAUAGUAAUCUCUCUCCAACAGUAUAACGUUGAGGUCGUCGACCUUCCAUGAAAGACGUAUGUAGCAUACCACAUAUUCGUUAACUGAAUACCAUUGUUUGUUGUUUGUCUGUGCUUUUUUGUCGUAAACUGAACACCAUU